CCCUGAGCCGGGCCAGAGGGGGCUCCCGGAGGAGCUCUGGGCUCUAAGUCCCAGCCCCUCAGAGGAGGCGGGCAGCCCAGGCUCCACAGCCAGAGGCUUCUCAGCUCCGAGCUCCGGAGCCAGAUGUAACAUUGACCUUAAAUGGUAAAAGCUCCCCAGAGUGAAGAGAGGCUGGCCAGAGGAGGAAGAGGGAAUAACUCAGUUUUAGCCUGCGGAGCCCAGGCCUCUUGGAGCAUCUUUUGGGCUGACACAGCAGAGGUUCCGGGCACCCGUGGCCACUCCUGCCAGAAGGCUGCCAUGCCCCACAUUCCCGAGGACGAGGAGCCCCCCGGAGAGCCACAGGCAGCCCAGAGCCCCACCGGCCAAGGCCCUCCCGCCACAGGAAUAUCUUGCAGUCCACCCACCAUCAUCCUGACUGGGGAUGCCAGCUCACUGGAAGGAGAAACUGACAAAAACCUGGCCAACAGAGCUCACAGUCCCCACCGGAGGCUUUCUCACCGACACUUGAAGGUUUCCACUGCUCCGCUGACUUCUGUGGACCCUGCAGGGCAUGUCAUUGACCUGGUAAAUGACAAGCUGCCAGACAUCAGCAUCUCAGAGGAGGACAAGAAGAAAAACCUGGCGCUGCUGGAGGAAGCCAAGUUGGUGAGUGAGCGGUUCCUGGCCCGCCGUGGGAGGAAGUCCAGGAGCAGCCCCGGAGACUCCCCAUCAGCUGUUUCCCCAAACCUCAGCCCCGGAGCUUCUCCUACACCCUCUCGGAGCAACUCACUCACCAUCCCCACGCUGCCUGGUUUGGAUACGUGCAGUGGUUCGCAGUCCCCUCUGCCCGGAGCACCAGCACAGAAGGGGGAUGAGGCCAACGUCUCUUCACUUCACCUCGGCGAGCCUAAUAUCCCCAAAGGGCUAGCUGACCGGAAGCAAAAUGACCAGAGGAAAGUGUCUCAGGGCAGGCUGACUCCUCGCUCUCCCACAGUUGAGAAGUCCAAAGAGAUUGCAAUAGAACAAAAGGAAAACUUUGACCCCCUCCAGUGCCCUGAGGUCGCACCCAAGGGCCCAGCUUCUGGCCCAGGCAGUGUGGGGAAAAUGGCUCUGAACAGCCCCCAGCCUGGCCCUGCUGAGAGUGAGCUGGACAAGCCGCUCCCGAAGACAGCCAGGGAGGGCAACCCUCUGCCCAGAAGUCCAGCCCAGAGCUCCGGAGGGUCAGCUCCCCUGGCACCCCAGGGUAAAGGCACAGCUGGAGAGCCAGUAGGGUCUAAGGUUGGCUUCAAAGCCGAGCUUCGGCCCCCUCCUUCCCGGCCGCCCCUGCUGCGAGGGGUCUCCUGGGACAGCGGCCCUGAAGAACCUGGCCCCCGGCUACAGCAAGUGCUUGCCAAGCUGCCCCUGGUUGAGGAAGAAAAGCGUUUUGCGGGCAAAGCUAGCAGCAAGCUGGCCAAGGUGCCUGGACUCAAAGACCUUCAGAUACAAGUGCAGCCCGUGCGGAUGCAGAAACUGACCAAGCUUCGUGAGGAGCACAUCUUGAUGAGAAAUCAGAACUUAGUGGGGCUCAAGCUUCCAGAACUUAGUGAAGCAGCGGAGCAGGAAAAAGGGCUGCCUUCUGAACUCUCCCCAGCUAUGGAGGAGGAGGAGCCAAAGAGUGGCUUGGACGUCAUGCCCAAUAUUUCUGAUGUGCUGCUGCGCAAACUGCGGGUCCACAAGUCUCUCCCUGGAAGUGCCCCUCCACUCACUGAAAAGGAAGUUGAGAACGUGUUUGUACAACUGUCCUUGGCCUUUAGAAAUGACAGCUAUACCCUGGAAUCUAGAAUUAACCAGGCUGAAAGGGAACGCAACCUGACAGAAGAGGACACCGAGAAGGAACUGGAAAACUUCAAAGCUUCCAUCACGUCUUCAGCUUCACUCUGGCACCACUGUGAGCACCGGGAGACCUAUCAGAAGCUGCUGGAGGACAUCGCUGUCCUGCACCGCCUAGCUGCCCGCCUCUCCAGCCGGGCUGAGAUGGUGGGGGCUGUCCGCCAGGAAAAGCGCAUGUCCAAGGCAACAGAGGUGAUGAUGCAAUACGUGGAGAACCUGAAGAGGACAUAUGAGAAGGACCAUGCGGAGCUCAUGGAAUUUAAAAAACUGGCGAAUCAGAAUUCAAGCCGCAGCUGCGGCCCCUCUGAAGACGGGGUCCCUCGCACAGCGCGGUCCAUGUCCCUCUCUCUGGGAAAGAACAUGCCCCGCCGGAGGGUGAGCGUUGCUGUGGUUCCCAAGUUUAAUGCCCUGAGCCUGCCCAGUCAGCCCCCAAGCUCAUCACCCAUCCCCUCCUUACCAGCCCUGUCAGAAUCACCUAAUGGAAAAGGCAAUCUACCUGUCACCACCUCAGCACUGCCUGCACUUUUGGAAAAUGGAAAAACAAAUGGGGACCCAGAUUGUGAAGCCUCUGCUCCCACGCCAACUCCGAGCUGCCCGGAGGAGAUUAGCCAGGAGACAAAGGCCAAGAUGGAAGAAGGAACGUACAAUAAGAGAUACCAGGAAGAUCUAAAGAAAACCAAAGAGCUUCAAGGCCUAAAAGACGAUGAGGAAGAACAGAAGAACGAGGGUCCCGAGGAUCCUGAAGGGGCCGAAGAAACUGAGGAAGAGGAAAAGGGUCCGGGAAGCAGCAAACUUGAAGAACUGGUUCACUUCUUACAAGUCCUGUAUCCCAAACUGUGUCAGCACUGGCAAGUCAUUUGGAUGAUGGCUGCAGCGAUGCUGGUCUUGACUGUGGUGUUGGGGCUGUACAAUUCCUAUAACUCUUGUGUGGAGCAGACCGACGGGCCCCUUGGAAGAUCCACUUGCUCGGCAGCCCAGAGGGACUCCUGGUGGAGCUCGGGACUCCAGCAUGAGCAGCCCACAGAGCAGUAGGAAAGCUGACCUCCAGCUAGGGCCCUGCUCU